AGACAUGUUCACUAAUGAAAAGAGAAGAAUACUGACCUUUUGGGUGAAUGUUGUUCAGGAUGAACUUAACAUGCACAAUUACCUUUACUGGUAAACAGUUUGACCUCUAGGCUUUUGAAUGCAAAUGUUCAACUUUUGCAUGUUUCAGUCAUUUCCUCUCCCACCCCCAACAACUUUCGGUUCUUUAACUAAGACCCGAACAGCAUAUUUCACAACAGGCAUUUGGUCCAUUAAUGGGCCAAUACUUUUCAUGGUUUGAUUGGUUGUAUUUAAACAGUCCUCUUCAUCAUCCUUUCCAUUGUAAGGCUUUAAACAGAAUGUUCUCAGGGGGUGGCUGCUGAGCUUGUAGUGCCACAGUGUCAUUGGCAGGUUGCAACAGAAAUACGAAGAGACGCAGAAAGGAUGGACCUCCUCUGUGUUCAUUCUGAAAUUUCACCCAGAAGCCGAAUCUCGUAACUUUUGGACAGUGAAUCAAACAUAUCAACACCCCCCCGGCAUUCUAGUGACAAUGCACAUGCUGACGAGCGUGCAUCGCCUCAGCCUUCCUCUCAUCAUGAAGGGCUUGAGGCAGAUGUCAUGUCAGUCCUGCAGCCAGGCUGGUUGGUGUCCCUUGGCAGGACUCGGGUUUCCAACGACACGACUUGCGCGUUAAUAUUUCAUCAUGUCUUACUGCCCAAAUCCCGCCUGUGUUUCACGGUGGCCCUCAAUUCGCACCAGUCUUCUUUUUCAACCAGUUUGCCGCAGUGUCCUCUUUAAUUCCACAGCUUUUGGGGGCAGGUGUAGAGUUGCAGCUCUGUCUGCAUCAGGAGAGGAGCCCCCACAAUAAUGGAAGUCAAACAUCUCAACCGGACUUUGCCGCAUGAGUUUACAGUUAAAGUUCAUAUUUUUGCAGUAUGAACGCUCAUUCUACAGGAUAAAGCAAAGUUUUCAGUUUUUUGUUUGUUGUUUGUCGUCACCUCUGAACAAUGCGGGCUGCUUUCACAGUCUACGUCAUAUUAGGGAUCUUAAGUGAUGCCAAUCAAGUGAGUUUACAACCCAGACUUAUACAACGAAAGUUGAGCCGGACCACCAGUUUAGAAGCAGACAUCCGGAGAGUUAUCAAUCAGAUUCAUUAUUUAUCUGGUGAAAAUAAAAAUACCCGCAGCCCUGACACUUCCUCCAUGGGUUUGAAUGCUUAUUAUGGUGUUUUGAGAGACGUCUACUCUGUCUUCCAACCACUGCUAAGAGAGGGGUUCAUGGAUGACCUUCCAAAAACGUUAGUUUGCAUUUUAUCUGAGAGGCAUGAUUGUGGAGUGGAAGCAGAGCUCACAAAGACAGUUUCUCUGGAGUUGGGCCAGCCACUGCUGAUGUUCUUAUCAUCCCUGAAAUCCCAGACGUGUGCUCCCCUGAACGAUGCAGCAGAGGCAGAUCAUAGCAGAUUGCUGAGCGCUUACCUCAGGGUGGGAGAAUCAGCAGCUACAAUAUUCACCAUUUUUAAAAGUUUGCCUCGAUCUGGGACUUUGGUGAAUGCAGCUGUUACUUAUGUCUCCAACAUCAUGGCGACAUUAAUCCAAGUACCAAUGGACUAUGUCAAAGUCGCAUUGCAGUUUGGAAUAAAAAUUCCAUCUCUAAAUGAAAGAGAGAGCUGUGAGCAAGGAAACCUCAAGCAACUCAUAAUAUGGGGAAUGAACCAUAAUGUCAGCUGGUCCUUCGCCAACUCAUUCAUUGACAUCCUUUUGGACAUCUUCAUGACUCCAGAACAGUCUGUGUGCACAUAUCUAGGUCCAGAAUGCCAUACUCCUCCCAACCUCAGACACAGUCUUCAACAGGCAGACAUUGAUAAUAGCCAUGACAUGCUGCUCCGAUGUGAUUGCCAAAAUCUGUCUGAGCUCAAUGAUACACUUUGUGCUGAAAUUCUUUAUGGUUCGAGAACUCGAAUGUCCACAUCCGUGCUUGUCUUGUGUCAGGCGCUCAGCUCGCUCAGUGUCCGGCGGGUCGAGCUGGUAUGGAGCAAUAUGUGCUAUGUUAUUCAAGCACUGGUGUCCCCACUUCUCAGAAAGUCAUCAGACUGCAGUGUUGGAGACACGCGUACCUUUCCUGUUAGCAGCCCACAUACCUCCCCCACACCUCACCGAAAAGCCAGAGAAGCCCCCAACCUCCAACAGCUUGUCUGCAACUACAACAGCUGGUUAGAAAACCAGGUGAUGGAUGCUAUCCUUGUCUCUCUGUGCAGCGACAACGAACGGGAGGAGUUUGUGAGGCAUGUGUGUAAUAAUGCUUUACUGAUGAAGAAGUUGGUUUCAGACCAGAUGAACAGUUGGUUGUAUGGAUACUGUGCAAAUUCCACAGCAGACCACAGCUACCUGGUAGGUCAGUUCUGUGUCUACCAACAGUGGAUUGAUCAACCUACAAUUUCAGUAGAGCCACACCUUCUGGGGUUCUGUAUGAGCCUGGACAGUCCAAGACUUACAAAACUUAUCUGUGAGCACACUGGCUUUUUCAUGUUGUUAUUCUCCAAUCCAGAAAAUGUGAGGUUCAUGCCAAACUGCACCUUUGUUCCAAUUCCACCACCAUUUCCUGGGUCGGCUCCACCUUUGUCACAAUCUUGUCACUUCUCAGAGUGGCAAGAUGUGAUCCAGAUUACAAGAGAUGUUUUGGCACAGUGCAUUCGCAAUGAUCCCACAGAUUUCGCAGAGAAGGUUUGCGCCAACAGAACCUUUCUUAGUAGGCUCUUACAUAAUAAGGACAAUGUCUGGCUUGAGGAUCACUGCAGCACUGCUUUGAUUGUUCCAUCCACUCCGGCUCCAGAACCUUUUCGUAUUUUGGACUGGUGCGACUACCACUCCUGGAUCAAUCGGCUGGUGGACGAUUCAGUGGUCGGACUUUGUUGGCAGCAUGACCAGCUUACUUUUCAGAAGAAUGUCUGCCGUGAGACAGCUUUGUUGAAAAAGCUCUUCCAGAACCCUCAGAACAAAUGGCUAAAAGCUGUGUGCGUAGACAAAGAAAUUGAGGAAAUAGAGGGGAUACCAGAGGUGUGCAAGUAUUCCGAAUGGACUCGCCCCAUCGUUGUUGACAUGACUGAGUUAGCUCUUUGUGCUGAAAGGGACCCAAAAAAUUUCACCUCCAAAAUCUGCUCCAAUGAGACAGUCCUGCAGAACCUGGUGGCUAACCAAGACAACACUUGGUUGAUUAAGUACUGUGCCAACCAUUCAAAUCUGGGUGAAGAUGAAGAGAAUGAAGGAGAUGGGAUAGGAUUCAACCCUGCAGAGCAGUGCCAGUAUUCCGCCUGGAGUAUAUCCGUUCCGGAUACAGUGCUCUUGACUCUCUGCUGGGUGCAUGAUCAUUUCAACUUUGUCACAUCUAUCUGCACCAAUCCUGGCCUUCUCUACGUGCUUGAACAUGAGCCCUCUAGCAUGUGGGUGAGCACCAUGUGUGCAACCUACACCAACCGCACUACCACAAGUAACAAAACCUCUGAGGACCUUUGCUUGGCCAAACAAUUGGUCAGGCACUUCAACUGGACCUGUCCCGUUGACUUCACAGCAGCCUGCCAUCCUGGGGCAAGCCAGGACAUGGUCAUGCACUUGAUUAUACACUGCUGGGCAGACAAUCUGAGGUCCAGAGUGGGGCGUCUGGUGACUCCAUCUACAGCUGCGGUGUUGGAGCAAGCAGUCACCACGUCUGUUGUUGUCUUGCUAGCAAUAGAGGAGAUCCAGAACACUUCACUGCAUGUCACCAAAAACAUACGGAUUAAUGUCCUAGAGUCUGUAGUUCGUUAUCUCGAGAGGGAGAACAACUUUGACAAAAAGAGGGUCUUGCUGCAGUGUUUUGGGACAGUACUAACCAGCUUGAUGCAGACAGCCCGAGUUGGAACCAGUAAUGAAUCUCUCAUUAUUAAGGAAUACUUCAGCAUACCAUUGGCCAGCCUUAAGUCAGUGCUGAGUGCUGCUCACAUCACAACUGUCAGGCUGAUCCUCCAAUACUAUACAACAAACAAGCAUACACUGAAACUGACAGAUAAGUACCUUUCCACCUUGACAUCCGUGCUGUUCCAGAGCCAUCUUGCAAAGGAUGGAAGUCUCUUUUCAGAGCUGGCUCCCCUUUUGGAGGCGGCCAGUCCCGUUGAUAUCAUCACUUUGCCUUCCCUGCAAAACAACCUUGAUGUGAGGAAAACCAUAAACAGCAACUUGGGCCACAUGUCUGUGAAUCAGCAGCGAGCCUUUGGAUUGUGGUACAGCAAAGUUUUACCCCCUUCUAACAUCAUUGAAGCUCGUCAGUCACUCAUCAGGGACAAUGGAAAUGUGAUCGCUCACCUGCCCUUCCACAACUUCCAACACUUCUCCCCUGCUCAGCUAUUCGAUGGACUGGAUGUAUUGCAACAAAACAACCUGACUUCCUUGAAGCAGGAAUUUGUGGCACGGAGCAUCAUUGGCACCUACAAAAACUUGACUGCUCACGACUUCAUCAGGCUGGGGAGUCUCUCGUGCCUGGCAGAGCCAAGUGACCUCCUGGCCUACAAAGGCAGCGAGGCCUUUAAGGUAAUCUGGGAAGUCAUCGUGAACUGUAGUCACAACAGACUCACCCUACCGAGUCACUUGACCUCCAGUCUGUUACUGAACAUCACUGAGUUAAAGACUCCGUCCUCACUCAGUCCAGAUAGACUGGCAGACAUGGCAAACCUUCUGCCCUCCCUGGGUGCGACUUUCCUGCUGGACCUCUCUCCCUCACAGCUUCUUGCAGCGCUUCCAGCCCUCAAAGCUGUGUCUUUCAGUCCUGCACAGGCCUCCAUAAUUGUUGACAGGUUGUCAUCUAUCCACACACUGAGCGCUCCAGGCCGCCUGCAGGAGCUCGGUUCUCUCAUUGUCGGAGUAAAGACGGAGACGUUAUUGAUGCUCACAUCUGACAGGCUGCUGUCAUCGCUACCUGACAUGGCCCAACACACAGCGGGCCUCCUUCCAGCACAAACAAAUGCCAUUGCCACCAAACUAUGGGGCUUUCCAGAGGUGAUCUUCUGGUUGGAUCAUGUUGAUCCCCUGCUGUGUUGCACUCCCCUACUUAGUAUCCUGCCCAGAGCUCACCUGCUAAUGGACAACAUCUCCAGUGCAGCCACUAAACAGUGGAACACACAGCAGGCUAAAGCAAUAUUAAAAACUGUGCGGAAUACAAAAUCAAACCUUAUCAAAGAUUUCCUGCAUCUUGGGAUGCUGGGGCAGGGCUUGAGCUGCCACGUCUUACAGCAGCACUUUAGGGCUGCUACCUCACCUGCAGCCUUGAGGAAAAUCUUGGCCCUCCUCCGGCAGCAGCCCAGUCCUCUGCACACCUCAUUGAAAAAGUGUGUGAUCGAGGAGCUCUCUCAAUAUGAGUUCUUCUCUGAACUGCUUGAAGAUUUAGGAGUAGAGAUCGCUCUGUAUAUGCCGGUGAGCACCAUUAAAAAGUUCCCUUCCGGUCUAAUGGACACUUUGCGGAAAAUGAUUAUUGAGGACCCUGUUCCCUUUUUCAUGAUGUCAAAAAUAGAACAGCAGCUCCUUGUGGACAAGAUGGUGCAGAGGCUGGGCAUGUACACUGGAGUGUAUACUGAAGAGGAGUUCCGCUCUCUGGACAUUAUGGCCACGUUUGUUUCGGAUGAGAUUCUGAUCCAGCUGGAUCGCACGUUCUUCAUGGACAAUCUGGAUUAUCUCCAGACCCUCUGCUACAGCAGCAGCAAGAUGGACAUUGUGGCUCGUAUGCUGCUGGAAGUUGCUGGCUUCGGCCCUGCGGUGGAGAACUGGAACCAGACUACACUGAGUCAGAUAGACCGGUUUGUAUUUUUCCUUCCUCAGGACCGACUGCAGGAGAUUUCCUUGGGUUUGAUGCCUGUUGGCCGUAUAGAGAAGCUGUUCAUGAGCCAACGUCAAUGGGAACGCAGGGUUGUGGGUCUUCACUGUUUAGAUGAGACUGAGAAGUGGCGGUUUGCCCAAAAGCAGCAGUUUGUUCUUCAGCUCUUUCUAGGUUUCCUAAAGAUAAAUCCUCUGUCACCGGCUCCAAUGGUUCCUACCUGUGAGAUUCUGCAUACAACAGCUCCAUUUACUUGGACCUCUAACAGCCUGACAAGCAUGUCGUCAUCCGCGUUCGCAAAUUGUCUGGAGCUGAUUGGCCAUGACCCCUUUCUUGCAUCUUACCAACGCAGCCAAGUCUUCAGAAAAAUCAAACAAAUGUUCGGCCCAAUUUCUUCCUUCUCCCAGUCCACCAUCAGUCAGAUGGCCCGACUGUCACUGGAAAUGUCACCAGAGGAAAUCAGCAUGCUGCGACUGACUGAGAUAAGUAGCAUCGCUGCUAUGGGCACCAUCAGUGAGUGGAGCAACAAACAGCUGGCUGCACUGUUCACAACAAUGUUGAAUUCCACCAAGCUGAACCCGAGCCAACUUGACUCCAGCACACUGGUUGCAAUCGGAUACAUGGUGUGUGGAGCCAAAGCUACAGAAAUGAGCUCUUUCAAUGCUGUUGAGUUCAGCAAGGCAGUGCUCUGGCUGGGUCAGCUCAGGCUUUCCUGCUCAGAAGAACAGUUGUCAGCGCUUGUUGGCCUGCUUACCCACAGUCUGGCUUUUGGACCCAUCAGUUCAUGGGGAAUGGAGGUCUUCGUUGAGAUUGGAGUUCUUGCAGCUGGCCUCCCAGAUAUAGUCAUGUCAGCCCUGGUAAAAGAGCAAAUAGAUGGAAUAACACCUACGGCUAUCUCAAUGAUACCUCCUGAUAAAUUUGCUGUUGCGUUCCAUCAGCGACAGAUCAGCAUGUUCUCUCACGAGCAGGCUGCUGCAGUGACAGCGGAGCAAAUGUCAGCUCUGUCAGAUGUUCAGAGGACUGCUCUCUUUAUGGUGCUGAUGCCCUGGGAGGACAAGCAUGUGGACUUUAGAGGGAGGUCACAGGGACUGACGCUGAGCCCCAGUUUUCUGUACCUGAUCCUGGGCCUGCUGAUGACGCUGAUGGUCCAGCCUGACUUGAAAUGCCCUGCUACAUGACACUACUAGCCCUUGCUGGAUCAAGAGGCAUCAACUCACCCACACAAUCAAAGAUAUCCCAUUUAUCUGUGCAAUAGCAUACCCCUUUGAAACAAUCACUUUAGGAUAAAGUAUUUAAUUAAUGCUCAUCCAGUCUUACAUUUUUCUAUACCAUCUGUCAUCAUUAGGAUCGCAGGUGAGCUGAAGUAUUAAAAUGAAUAAUCACUCCACCCAAAAAAAGGACAAAUAAAUAACACGCACGCACACACACACAAAUAUACUGUAUAUCUAUAUCAAUAUUUAUCUAUACUUUCCCCACUUUGUUUAAGAUCAUCAAACAAUUGUAAAUAUCGGACAAAUAUUAGGUCAAGUGACCUUAAAAUGCUGUUUUUAAAUGAUUUAAUUUAAGGAAAAAAAACAAAACUAUUCAAAGUCACCUGGCCCUGUGUGAAAAAGUAAUUAACCCCCCCCCCCACCUUCUUAAGUCAUGUAUUAAUUGUGGCUAAUCACAAUUUUUGGUUAAUUUCCACUGAUCACACCUAAGCCUGAUUACCUCCAGACCCGUUCAAUCAAGAAAAAACUUAAACAGAAUCAUCUCGGCUGUAUAUGCUUUUUAGUUAUUUAGUUUAGUUAUGUUAUGAUGCUGCUUUGUGUAAUGUUUAUUUGUGGGGUUUCCUCUUAUAGUGAAUUGCAUUAGAAAUAUAUUUCAAUAUCUUCAUGUAACAUUGUGUCAUACUGAUCAUUUGCAAUCAUCUACUUUGCAUAAGAUGCAACUCAAUCAUGUCACAAUCUGCACCUUUCCAAUGUUGUAACAGUUAUAACUACUCCUGCUGACAUAACACAAGUAUGUUCUAAGAUAAUCAAUAUUAGUAAUGAUUAGGUUUGUUAUACAAUUAAAGUAUUUUGGAAAUACAGUACAUGUAUGUGUACUCAAGAUCAAAUCAUUGGUACCGUAGUAGUUUACCAAAUAAAAAAUGGUUUCUUAUCGGUCAUAUUUAAUUGGAUUUGUUAAUAAAAUGACUUACAGGCACUUUUAUUUGUUAAUGUCUACCUGGGUGUCUUAUUACCAAAGACUUCCAAAGUAAUGUAUUACCUCUAACUGUUGAGUGUGAGCCGUCAAGGGUGGGCCUGGCUGUUGUGACGUCUGUAAAGAUGAAAGAGGAAUUUAAGGGAUAUUUUAAGCUUGACCAUUAGCUCAAGUCAGGGAGUCUGCGUGUAGAGUGCUUGGGCGUGAGUUGGAGCCGAGCUCGAGGUGAUAAAGCGACUGAAGUGCAUCAGAGACAGCCUUGACCACAUACCAGGGCAUUACAAUAUUAUGUACAAUUGCUUUUUCAAAGACAAUUUUACUUGAAUUUUGGAAGUGUACGAAAUGCAAUGUUUAUAGUACAUCAAAGAUUAAAGCAAUAUCACUACUCCUACAAUGUUGUGGUGACGCUGAAUAAAAUUCGCUCUUGAAA